UGUGUGAGUAGAUGGGUGGGUGUACAGUAUUUUUCCGUUUCCACUAUUGCAUACUGUGGUCAGAGUGAGUCAAAGACAGUCAGUCCGUUCUAACAAGCAGACAGGACAGGAUGGAGCGAUCAUGGGGUUUCAUCCUUACCACCGCUGUUUUCCUCUCAGCAGUGUACCACUGUCACUCUGUGCUGACCUGUAAGGAGGGUCACAGUGGUCCCACGCAUGAGUCAAUCCAGACUGUGCUGGACCGCAAGUCCUUCAGACCGGCAGUCAACCUCAGCAACCCCACUAUAACCAACAUCUCCUUCACUCUCUAUGCUGUGCUGGGGGUGAAUGAAAAGACCCAGAUUCUCACCACCUUCCUCUGGUUGAGGCUGUAUUGGGUGCAUGAAUACCUGGUGUGGGAUCCUGUGGCUUGUGAUGGCAUCACCAGGAUAUCAUUACCUGUGAGAGAGCUAUGGAGCCCUGACAUCAUUGUCUACGAGUUCGUGGAUGACGACGUGUCCCAGGCAUGUCCCUACGUGUACGUCAACCACACGGGUCACAUCCGCUGGGACAGGAUGUUGCGGCUCGUCAGUGCCUGCAACCUGGAGAUCUUCAGCUUUCCCUUCGACAUCCAGAACUGCUCCUUCACAUUCGGCUCUUACAUGCACACCACCCAGGAUGUGAGGGUGAGUCCAGCCUUGACAUUUGAGGAGAUGUCGGGGAACUCCAAGCGCUAUCUGGAGGCCAGCGGGGAGUGGGAGCUGGUCACCAUCGUAGGGGACACUUCAAUCCUUAAAUUUGGCAUAGACGAGUGGGACAUCAUCACCUUCUGGGUGGUCAUCAAGCGGAGUCCGUUGCUGUACGUGGUCAACCUCCUGAUCCCCAGCUCCUUCCUCAUGCUCAUCGACAUCCUGUCGUUCUACCUGCCGCCUCACAGCGUCGACCGCGCCUCCUUCAAGAUGACCCUCAUCCUGGGCUACACCGUCUUCCUGCUCAUCAUGAACGACCUGCUCCCCAGCACAGCCAACGGCACACCGAUCAUAGGUGUCUAUUUCUCAGUGUGCCUGGCUCUGAUGGUCAUCAGCCUGCUGGAAACCGUCAUCAUCACCAACGUGCUCCACCACAACUCCCUGAAGUAUCGCGAGGUGCCCCGCUGGGUGCGUGUGGUCGUCCUCAAGCACAUCGCCCGCCUCAUCUGCUACCGUUGGCCGGAGCAAGACUCGCUUGCUUCCGGAACCCAGAUGGACAAAGGCAACCAGUGUGAACCGGCCCAGGGGCCCUGGAUCAUCCAACCAUCAUCAGUGGCCCACACACCCUCUCACCACCCUGACAGCAAUAAGGGUCCUGUGGCGACAGUAGCGACUGUACCAGAGCUGAAGCAGAUCAGCCAGGACCUGAGCGCUCUGCGGGCCCAUCUGACAUCACUGCAGAAGGAAGGACAGCUGCUGGACCAGUGGUGCCACGUGGGCUACGUUCUGGACUUCCUGCUCUUCCGCAUCUACCUGUUCAUCAUUACCUGCUACGCUCUGGUCAUCAUCUGCAUGUGGUGCGUCUGGAUCAACCAGUGAAGGGCUGGAAAUGGUGUGUGUGUGUAUGAGGGGAAAGAUGGGGGAAAACGGCUGUGUAACAUUCCUGUUGACCGCUACAAUACUAAUGAAAAAAGGUAACCAUAAUCAAGUGUGUAAGCCUGUAGUUUUAGCACUGUAUAUGUACUACAGUUUACAUAUAGCAUACUCUUACUGUACAAUCUAUUCUUUCUCAUCUCAGCUGCUUUUUGAAAGCUGUGUUGUGUGUGUGAACCCUUUGCUGUUAUUGCCAUUGUUAGACUUUCAGUUAAUUAACACCUGACAGAGCCUCCUGCACCUGAGGUGAUUGAUUAAAUAAAAAACGGUCAUUAAGACACUGUGUUCAGAGUG